AUGGACAGCAUCAACAACAAGGACGUCUUGGAUCCGGAGAAGCUUUACUCUAAGACCGGCUGCUGCCAGGCCAUUGCUCGAAGCUCUGUCUUCAAGUCUUUCACAAUGGCGAUGGUCCUGCUGAGCACUUUCUGGAUUGCCAUCGACACGGACUACAACCAGGGACAGGGGGCCGGGGUGUUCUUCCUCAUGGACAAUGUGAUUUGUGCAUAUUUCUGCUUCGAGAUCACCAUUCGAUGGCUUGCCUACCAAGUGCCUCGGGAUGCCCUCUCGGAUAACUCCUUCCUCUUCGACCUCUUCUUGGCUGUGUCCAUGGCCGUCGAGACCUGGGGCUGGCUGCUGAUGGCGGCCGUCGUCGGCUUCGAAAAGCAUCAUCAGGCUUCACCAGGCAUCACGCCUUCACUGCGAGCGCUGCGACUGAUACGGAUUACCCGCGCCUUCCGGAUGAGCCGAAUCUUCCGCUUUGUCCCAGAGCUGAUGAUCCUUCUCCAUGGCAUGUUCCAGGCGAUCCGCUCGGUCCUCACGACGCUCCUCCUACUCGUUCUUGUAACAUACACCUUCGCAGUGGCCAUGACGCAGCUGCUCCAGAACAAGAGUAUUGGUGGGGGGCGCUUUGACAGCGUCCCGCAAGCCACGACUUUCUUGCUGUUGCAGACACUCUGUGGUUUCGAUUAUCACUUCAUGAUGGACAUGAUGAAUGCAGACGGGCUUUCCUUCGCCUUCAUCCUCGCGUACCAGCUGAUAGGCUCCCUCACAUUGAUGAACAUGCUUAUCGGUGUCAUGGUGGAUGUCGUUGGCAACACCGCCCAGAUAGAACAGGAGGAGCAGAGCCUCAAGACCUUGAAAAGAGACAUCGCGGAUGUUGUGAAGCUCACCGAUGAGAACGAGGAUCAGACUGUGACCUCCGUGGAGUUUAAUCACAUGAUCCAGAAUCCAGAAGCGGUUCGGAAACUGUACGAAGGCGGUGUCAAUGUCCUAGCGCUGGUCGACUACGCCGACUUUGUGUUCAGAGACACACCAACUUUGACCUUGGAGGACUUUGUCGAGACUGUGCUGCAGUUCCGCGGCUCCAGCCAGGCCACCGUCAAGGACGUCGUGGACCUGCGUGUGUACGUUUCCAAGGACAGGUUUCGAUAA